GCUAGGCUAUUUAUGACAGCUCGCUUCAGGUCGCCAGUCCUUUUGGUUGGAAGCAUGACGGCGUGGAGCGAGAAGCAGUGCGUCACGGCUUCCGCUUCCGCCUAUUGGUGUUUUCGAGAUGACGACACGUUAUGGUUUUACGUUAACGGUAUUUGUCAGUAUAUAUAUUUAGAGAGUAAUGUUUCAAAAUGAAAUUGUUGUUGAGCAGUGGUUAUCGAUUUCAUAUGCUUUAUUUUGUAAGCACGCAGUGCAGUUUAUUAACCGUGUCUAGCUUAACGUUGGCAUUGUAUAGGAAGACAAUGUGCGUAACGUCUGAGUAGCUGAAACUACUUCUGUUAACGCGAUGCUGCGGAGCUCCUUUGCUGUUUUAAGGGUGACUUUUGGACCAGUUUGGGACUGUCUUAUAAGUGGGCUGUUCUUCCAUCGUGUGCCACCCUAUCUUAUGAGAUAAUGUGCACUUUUCAUUCAGUUGGCUAGCUACUGAGUCAUGCAGCAAGAAGGCGCCUGUUCUGCUUCCACCUACGCAGGACAUUAAAAUACGACGAAAGGGCAAAAGCUUUAAUCAUUAUUUCGCGAAUUACAACGUUGCCAUCUAUCUGCUGUAGAAGGCAUUCGGGUUAAUGGAGGUGGAAGAAAACAACGAACAACUCGACGAAGGCAAAUGGCAACUCCUGGGGUGGACGUUCCUGGCAGUGGUAGCGCCGGUGAUCAUUACUCUGUGGUGCAGUAUACAGCGCUCCAAACGCAAAACGCUCAUACGGGAAAUAUUCCGGAAAAGCAAACACGGCUGGCACUACACCGACCUCUUCAGCAAACCGACGUAUUGCUGCGUGUGCUCGCAGCACAUCCUACAGGGUGCUUUUUGUGACUGCUGCGGGCUCUGCGCAGACGAGCAGUGCCUGCGCGCGGCCGACCGCAAGCUACAGUGCAAGGAGAUCGCGGCCCCGCCGCGAGCGGACGGUGCGCUGGCGCACCACUGGGUUCGGGGCAACGUGCCGCUCUGCAGUUACUGCGCGGUGUGCAAGCAACAGUGCGGCACGCAGCCUAGUCUGUGCGACCUAAGGUGCAUUUGGUGUCAAACCACGGUGCAUGAUGACUGUAAGGCCGGCCUGGAGGACGAGGACCGCUGUGACCUGGGCGAGUUCCGCAGCCUCAUCAUCCCGCCGCAUUAUCUCCACCACGUCAACAAGCUGCGUCGCCGGCACCCUGACGAGUACGUCAAGUUGGCAGCUGUCUGUGGAAGUGGCUGGACGCCGGUGCUCGUCCUGGCAAACACGCGCAGUGGCAACAACAUGGCCGAGGCGCUGCUGGGGGAGUUUCGCACCCUCCUCAACCCCGUCCAGGUGUUUGAUCUGACCAAGCUGCCUCCGGCCAGGGCCCUGCAGCUAUGCACUCUGCUGCCACCAGGGAGCGUGCGCGUGCUGGUGUGUGGGGGGGACGGGACCGUGGGCUGGGUGCUGGACGCCAUCGACACCAUGAAGCUCAAGGGCCAAGAGCAGUUUAUCCCGUGGGUGACCGUCUUGCCCCUCGGCACAGGGAACGACCUGUCCAACUCGCUGGGCUGGGGGGCGGGCUAUGCUGGAGAGAUACCCGUCGAGCAGGUGUUGAGGAACAUUAUGGAUGCUGAGGUGGUCAACAUGGACAGGUGGAAAGUCCAGGUCGCUUCAAAAGGAUACUAUUUCCGGAAACCAAAAGUUCUAUCCAUGAACAACUAUUUCUCUGUGGGCCCAGAUGCGCUCAUGGCCCUGAACUUUCACGCCCAUCGUGAGAAGACGCCUUCGUUUUUCUCCAGUCGCAUCAUCAACAAGGCAGUUUACUUUCUGUACGGGACCAAGGACUGUUUGGUGCAGGAGUGCAAAGACCUGGAUAAAAAGAUUGAGCUGGAGCUGGAUGGGGAGAGGGUGAACCUGCCCAGCCUGGAGGGGAUAAUCGUCUGCAACAUCGGCUACUGGGGGGGUGGCUGCCGUCUCUGGGAAGGAAUGGGGGAUGAGCCGUGUCCGCCGACGCGUUUGGAUGACGGCCUGUUGGAGGUGGUUGGGGUGUUCGGGUCCUUCCACUGUGCCCAGAUCCAGGUCAAACUAGCCAACCCUGUACGCCUGGGCCAGGCUCACACAGUGCGGUUGGUGCUGAAGGGCUCCCGGAUGCCCAUGCAAGUGGAUGGGGAGCCCUGGGCCCAGGGGCCAUGUACGAUCACCAUCACACACAAGACCCGGGCGCCCAUGCUGUACCACAGCCUGGAGCAGACGGAUGAUGAGGAGGACGAUGACUCCAGCUGCUCUGACACGGACGCCCUCAAGACCGAUGCCAAACCAACAGAGCUAGUCAACCAUAUGUAGCGUAGACACCUCUCCCCCCCCUCCAGUCAUCUGUUGGUUCAGUCCGGCCCUUCAGCAAUCCCUCCAAUGCCUGCACACUCCCAAUUAUGUUCCGUGUCACAGUGAUUCAGGUGGCGCUCUUGAUUCGGGAGGAUGGGUGGGGGGGGUCUUAUCAGUCGUGGCUUGUGCUGUACUCAGAUGUCAGGGUACGACUUUUGCACUGAUUCCAUUUGCCACUGUUGCCAUGAGGCCAUCCUCUUGCCUGACCACGACUGACUGCAAAGGGUGUGGUUGCCUUUGCACAGCCCAGGUUUAGCACUGACUAAUAAGGCAAAUAAGGACACUGUAUUUACCUUUUGAAAGGUAGAGGUGUAUGCCAACACACUGGAGAGUUUAAUUGCCAUGUUGUGAGUCUCAGUACACUGCACACUGCAUGCACCACCUCUCGUGAUCCGGGUUCAGGUAUCUGGGUGGUUGAGAUAACACUACAUUAGGUGAUCCCAACGUUUUGAUGUCUGCAGGCCUGUGAAGCAGGCAGCGGCUCCAGCCAAAAUUUUCCAAGAGGGAGCACUCACUGUAUGGAAAUAUAGGACCUGUCUUCUAUUUUUGUGGAUCUGUAUAGGACACGGUAUUUUAUUCUACAGUGAGGUAAUCCAGUGAUGUACAGGACAGGUGCCAACUGUUCACCAAUAUUUCAUGGCAGGGUUCAGUACGGGUCACGGACCAAUACCGGCCCGUGGACUGGGAGUUGGGCGCCUCCGCACAUCUUCCCAGACAGCUUGCAAAGCAGCUCACCGCAGUGAGAGCACUGACAUCUUCAGUACUACUGUUUAGUGUUGCGCUUGUUCAUUUCUGUUGCACUGCUCCGUAUAAUAUUCUUACUUAGAUAAUUCUGGUUCUCCAUGGUUGUGGAGAAAAGGUAGUUUACACAAAAAAAAUGUCUUUCCCACCAAAGAGGAAGUUUAUUUAUGAAAUGUCUAUAUAUAUGUUCGUGUUCACUGUAUGGCAUGUCUUAUUUUCUGAUUAUAUACCGAUUCAUUUAUGUGGAGAAAUCUUGCCGCUCCAGCUUAUUAUAGGUAUUAUUAUAGGUAUGAGGUAACAGUGCUGCCUACUGAGCUGCCCAGGACAUAUUAAAAAACAAUCCCACUCAUUAAGGGUCUGAUCUGAGCAGUGAUGCAGCUGGUAUGUGGCAUAGACCCUGCGUUUGUGUUCUUGCACUGCACUGAUGGGUAAAUAGCAGAACACUACCUCUCCAUAGGAUUUAAAUGACCUGUCUGGGGUGAAUAAAUGAAUUUACGCCCUUAUUGUUAUAGUGGGGUAGAAUGGAAGUAUUUUACCUGGGCUAAUGUGCUGGGGGCACGAAGAUGAUAUUUUAUGCAAUGAUGUUGAUGAUCCCGUCAUGUCUAAGACAACCGACUUACGACGAUGCUUUUGUGUGGCUUCGUAAGUGCCCUUCGAAGCUAUGCAUCAUUUAUGAAUGUUUGCAAACCGAUUGUGAAGAUUGCAGGGCUCCUGAUGGCUCGUGUUUGAGCGGCGCCUGUUUACAGCUGGCGUCAGCACCUGGCGCACAGUAUAUGAAAGUCUCCUGUAUGGCUGUGGAAAAAAAAAUGCCUGUGUUGUGUGUCCUCUUACACACAUACGCCAUGAAAACACAUUUGAAGAAAGCAAUGAGGCCUUCUGGAUCUUGGUUAGUUAUGUUUACGAGUCGCUGAUAACAUUUUUACCACCACCCAUCCUGGACAGGGUGGCAGUCGGCCUGGAGCCUGUCACAUACAGCACAGAGAUCUGGGCUGGGGGGUGCAUCUGUCUCAGAUGCCGUCCCAUUCCAGGGCACAUGAAGAAGUACAUGCGGUUUUAUGUAUUUUAGAUGUAAAGCAAAUGCAGCAUAUCACUGUUUAGGAAAAAUACAAUUCAUGCCUUGUCAGACAUUAUGAAAGCAGGUGGACAGAAAUAUUCCAGUUUUUUUGGAAUAUUUUGUAAUAUGUUUUUGUUUUGAUUCAUGUUGGUCGUUUUGUGAGUUUUUCCACCUCUGGGCCCUGUAUGACAAAGCAAGAUUUCUUGUUUAGCCAGAAAACUUCUCAGAUUUACGGUCCCCCAGUUUAAAUGGAUUUUAUCUUCAUCCACUUACAUUUAGGCCAGAUUACCUUAAAUCUGACAAGUCAUCUGGCUAAGCAAGAAAUCCUGCUUUGUGUCCCAGGCCCCUGCGUGUUUUUUGGUGUUUUAAACUUGUGAAGUCCUCACUAUUUAAUGUGCUGUUUGGAAAAUGCUCCUUGAACCUUCAAGCCUUGUCUCCGCUUGCCUGCAUUCACAUAUUGAACCACAGAGUUGAAUUUCAAAGCGUUUUGCUUUAACCUUGCAGUAAUUGCACACUUGUUGCAAUGAUGCAUCCUAUAGCCAGAAAGGGGUAAUUUUGUGGUGGAGGCGGUGACUGAAUAAAAAUAACAAUUAAAUGACCACUGGCCUAAAAAAUAAUGAAGAGAACUUUC